AUGAAAUUUGUCCUCUGUUCAAAAUCUGCAAAAAACCGCCAACAAGCCUCCUCUCCCGUUCAGUUAUCGUUACUAGUGUUGGCUAAGUUAAACCUAGGUACUAAAAAUCUCUUUGAGUUCCCAAUACAGCUGAAAUUUUGUUGGUACUUUUUAAAGGGGACGCCGCAAAAGGAUGUUAUAAUAAAACCUGAUGCCCCAAGCACACUGCUUUUGGAGAAACAUGCAGACUACAUAGCUUCUUACGGAACAAAGAAAGACGAUUAUGAGUACUGUAUGUCAGAGUAUUUGAGGAUGAGUGGUGUUUACUGGGGGCUGACGGUAAUGGAUCUCAUGGGACAGCUGCACCGAAUGAACAAAGAAGAAAUUCUGGCAUUCAUCAAAUCGUGUCAACAUGAAUGUGGUGGUAUAAGUGCCAGCACAGGUCAUGAUCCUCAUCUUCUGUAUACCCUCAGUGCUGUGCAGAUUCUUAUCUUGUAUGAUAGUCUCCAUGUUGUUGAUGUUAAUAAAAUUGUUGAAUAUAUACAGAGCUUGCAAAAAGAAGAUGGAUCAUUUGCUGGAGACAAAUGGGGAGAAAUAGAUACGAGGUUCUCCUUCUGUGCUGCCGCAACUCUUGCACUUCUGGGAAAACUGGACGCUGUUGAUGUGGGGAAAGCAGUAGAAUUUGUUUUGUCCUGUAUGAACUUUGACGGAGGAUUUGGUUGUAGGCCAGGUUCUGAAUCACAUGCAGGACAGAUCUAUUGUUGCACAGGAUUUCUGGCUAUAACAGACCAGUUGCAUCAAAUAAACGUUGACUUGCUGGGCUGGUGGCUUUGUGAACGACAGUUGCCUUCUGGAGGUCUCAACGGACGACCCGAGAAGUUACCUGAUGUAUGUUAUUCAUGGUGGGUGCUAGCAUCUCUGAAAAUGAUUGGUAGAUUACAUUGGAUUGACAGAGAGAAACUGCGCUGUUUUAUUUUGGCUUGCCAGGAUGAGGAGACUGGAGGAUUUGCUGACAGACCAGGAGAUAUGGUGGAUCCAUUUCACACCUUAUUUGGAAUUGCUGGACUCUCUUUAUUAGGAGAAGAACAAAUUAAGGCCGUCAAUCCUGUCUUUUGUAUGCCAGAAGAUGUCCUUCAAAGAAUAAAUGUACAGCCCGAGCUUGUGAGCUAAGCCUUGCAGAGACAAAAGAUUGAUGUGCCCGUUCACUUUGGUUUUACUGAUUGGAAGCCAUCCCUGAAACUGUUAGCAUAUUUUUCUUUUGGAUAUGUUUACAUUACUGUGGUAAAGCAACUGCUUUACUGUGGGCUUUGUCACUUUGUAAAUUGUGGCAGAACAGGCUUAUUCUAAUAAUCUGAGUGUAACAUGUUCUUAGGUUGUAUAUAAAAGAUUUCUGUAUCUAAAUAUAUGGGCCGUUGGAAUUUUUUUGAAUAUUUAAGUAAGUCACAGUGAUAGUAUGAGUGUCUUAGUUUCUGUAUUCCUGUGAUAUCGACCGUAGUAGCAGCUGUCUUAAUACAAGCAUGUUUUGAUGGUGGAUCCCACUAAGCACUUUAAAAGAAAAUGAAAAAAUCCUACUUAAGCCACUGCAUUUAAUGUCACACACUUGUGUAUUUAAUUCUUUCUGUUCAUGUUUGCCAUCACUUUUAUAUACUAAGAUGCGAGUUUUUUCUGCUGAUAGUAGCUGAUACCGGUGAAAACAAAAGUUACAAAUAUGUUCUUAUUUAUUGAUGGAGUCCCUCUAGAUGAAAUUUCACUGAUACUUGAAAUAGAACAUGUCUUGAAUAUAUAUCGUGAAACUUGCUGACACUAUGCAUUCUGGAGAUCUUUCUCUGUAGGACAAUGAUUUACUGCUGAAUACAGUGUUGAUCCUAAAUUUGUUGCUGGGUUGAAAACCUGCUGCCAUAGCAUUGAAGGAAAUAAUUGCCAGCGUUUCAUUAUGAUAUAACUGAGAAUAAAACUAGCUAUGGAAAGUACUUGUUUUCUGAAGGAUGAAGUCCUCUUCCUAUCCUUUGGAGCCGUAGAAGUGCCUCUUAUUUUACAUCCCACACGUUCUGGCAGAGGACUAAAUGGUGUUCCGGUUGAAAUACGCAGUGGAAGGUAGCUGCAGAGAAGCCUUUAAUAAUCUCUAUAUUUAUGCUUAAAGAAGGUCUGUAGCUGUUUCAAAAAGAGCUUUAAAAGCAGACUGGUUAUUUUUACUCAACCUAUUCAUGCUAGUGGAGGAAAGGAUAGAACUGGAUAAUGUAACUUUUUGGUGGACUCGUAGCAAGUUUCAAAGAGAGCACCUAUUUGAAUACUCAAACAUCUCUAACAAAUUUGUUAAGCCUUAAUUUCUCUAAAGGCUUUCUAAUGGAGUCAGAAAACUACUGUUAACUGUCCAGGUGCCUGAUGAGUUGUUUGGUCAAGGCCUGGCAGAAUUAAUUCCUUUUUCCAAGGCUUCAAAAAAGUUAUAGUAGGCUUUGUGUUGAGUGGGAGAGAAAGAGAGCGCUGCUCAAGCUCUCUUUAUCCAUGAAGCUAAACAGGAGCUUCAGUGUUUUUUCUCAUUUCACGUUACCUUGCCAAGUGCCACGUUUUUUUGUCAAAGGAAUCACUGUUCAGUACUUAGGAAUUCGCCAUCUUUUUCUUUAUUGUAUAGGCAUAGCAAAAUUCUCUUGAGAAUUUCUAGUCUAGGAUAGAUGAAGAUAUCCUCGGAAUUAAUACGUGGGUGAUAUUGCAUGGCAGCAUAGAAUACUGUAGGUUAAAAUCCUAUUAAUAUUACUGGAGUUUUCUCUCAAGGCGAUUUGGUCAACUACUUUUCCUAAGUCAGCUGUGAUUUUUAAGAUUUGUUUAUAAAUCACUGGUUAAAAGAGUGAAUGGGUAUGCAAACUAGUAACUUCACAAUAUUUUUUCAUUGUUAACAUCAUUUUUUCUAAAAAAAAACAACUGUAGAAAGUAAGAUGGCGUCAUCAUAAUUUGUCUUAGACAAAUGAAAUCAUAAUCUUUAUUAAAUAUCUCUGGAAAAAUUGUUGCCCAUCAUGCAGAUAUUAAAGGAUUAGGUUCAUUUUGGUGCGGAAUGUAUUGCUAUCGUCUACCUCUAUUUUGUUAAAUGUGUUUCUUGAUAAGAUUCUUAGUGUACGUACUUAGCAGCAUUGCAGCGAUUAAUCUGUUGUUCUAGGUCUUCAGUUAAAGGUCCUUUAUUAAAAGUUUUCACAAACUUAUGUUUCUAUAACUUUUAUUUUUACAUGCCAAUCUUUAUACAGAAAGCUCAUGACAUUAUUUUAGUACAUGGGUUUUAAGCACUAUAUUGUAGUACCCAAUUCCAGUGAUAAAUUUUGCAAAAUGAUGUGUGAGAAUUUGCAAAAGAAAAGUGAAUAAUUCAAGGGCAUAAAAUUGAUGUGUAUGUAGAUACUUUUAUUUAAAUCUGGGGGGGGGGAGGCAUUUCAGUUACGUUCCAAGAACGUGGUCAGGUCUGGGGGUUUGUGCUUUGUUCCAAAGAUGUACCUUGCGAUUACGUUCGGGCAGCCUGGUUGGGCAAAGGCAGUCUUACAAUUCAUGACAUAUGAGAAGGGGGGAAAGCAGCAUUCCUUUUGUUUCUGCGUUUCUUGCCAUACGCUCGCUUUCCUGUCUGAGAAAAGGAAGUUACAAUGUCAGCUUCGGUAGUCUGAAUGCAGAUGGAAACUUUAAUGAAGGACUUGAAUUUCAAGACAGUGGCACCAAACGAAAGCAGCACCCGCUCUCCUCCAUCAUUUGCUCUGCAGCAAAACUGAAGAAUUUGAGAUGUUUGAAGUCUUUCACGUUAUGUCUGACUGAUGGUCCUCAGUUCUGAGGACGCGUCCCUGUUCUGAACUGGGAGCUCUGGGGCAAUGCUGUUGGCUGGUCGGCUGAGGAGCCGCCGCAGGCUGCGGUCGCUCUGGGAUUUGUUGUGAAGCUGGAAAUCCAUCAAACUGCAACUGUCCACACGCUUCCAUCCCAGGAAAGGCAGUCUGGCGUGACCUUUAAUGCAGAGGUUAAGUUCAGGAGACAAAUGUUGGGUAGUUGAGGUGUUUUAUUGCUUAAUUGAGACCCUAAGUUGUAUUAAUAUAUGCUAAUAAAACUUACAGUAUGCUCUAAAUAUUAA